GCGAAAAGAAAACCACGUGUGAGGUUUGUUCAAAACUAAUCUGCAUAUCUGUGUAAGAAACAGAAGAGCACCUCACUUCAAGGCAUUUGCAGGUAGUAUUUAAGUGCUGAAGCCCCUCCACUCUCACCUGCUCAUCGACCCUCGCUCCUCUAAACUCCACUAUUUGUCUUUCAAGUCGGUGAGAGUCCUAACUCUGCCAUAAUGCCUCCCCCCGGCGUGUGUCUGAACAUCAUGGGGGCUCGUAACAAGCAAGAUGGUUACGGGAACAUCAACAACCCUGAGAAGUUCCUCAGUCAAGACUUCCAGCAGAUGAAGCAGUACUGUCUCAUCAAAGGAGUGCGCUACAUCGACGACAUGUUCCCUCCUGAUAACAGCUCCAUCGGUCAGGGGUUACUGAGCCCCUCUGACCUGAGACGUGUGGUGUGGCUGAGACCAGCGAAAAUUGCGUCUAAUCCGUCCUUUAUACUUGAUGGAUUCUCCAGGUUUGACUUUGGGCAAGGAGUUCUUGGAAACUGCUGGUUUCUUGCAUCUAUCGGAGCUCUGACAUUCCGAAAUCACAUGUUCAGACAAGUUGUCCCUCUGGAUCAAACAUUUGAUGAGAACUACUUCGGGCUUUUUCACUUCAGGUUCUGGAGAUUUGGAAGAUGGGUGGAUGUCAUCAUUGAUGACAAGCUGCCUACAAUCAAUGGCAGACUAAUCUUCGUUAAAUCCAAAGACCCGAAUGAGUUCUGGCCUGCUCUGCUGGAGAAGGCGUAUGCCAAGGUUUGUGGUUCCUACACUGACAUGACUGCUGGAACUCCUGCAGAGGCUAUGAUGGACUUCACCGGUGGUGUUCACAUGUGCAUCGACCUUUCAAAACCCCCUGCUAACCUGUGGGGGCUGAUGUGCAGAGCUGGUCAAUCCAGUACACUAAUGAGCUGUGCUACACCUCAAGGGGAGACAUCUGCUAACACUGUGCUGCAGAACGGAUUAGUCCAAGGCCAUGCCUACAGUGUGACAGGUGUGAAACAGGUUAUGAGCCAAGGAAAAUUUGCAAACCUAGUGCGUUUGUGGAACCCCUGGGGCCAAAGAGAGUGGUGUGGAGACUGGAGUGAUCGGUCAUCUUUAUGGCAAACUGUGAGUCCUCAAGAUCGAGAACAGUGUCUUUCAGUGGCUGAUGAUGGAGAGUUCUGGAUGACCGUGGAAGAUUUCUGUAGGUUCUACGCAGAUCUCGAUAUCUGCGGUCUCAGUCCAGACUUCAUUGAGGGAAACUCCUCUAGUCACUGGAAGACCUCCAAGCAUGAAGGACGCUGGGUUGCAGGAACCACAGCUGGAGGCUGCAUAAACAACAGAGAAAGUUUCUGGACUAAUCCUCAGUAUCGAGUCAAGAUUUGCGGUGAAUAUUCACAGAAAGAGGAUGAAACAAACAUGCUGGUUUCCCUCAUGCAAAAGCCUGAUAAGAGGAACAGACGGCUAGUGCAAAACCUGCACAUUGGAUUCUCUGUGUUUGAGAUCACUGAACAAUAUGCGGCACAGAGAGGUAAAUUCCCAGCCACGUUCUUCAGCAGCCGAGCACCUGUGGUCCAGACUAAAACCUACAUGGAUGCCCGUGAGGUGAUUGAGUUCUUUAUGCUGAAGCCUGGUGAAUACUUGAUCGUUCCCUCCACCUUCAAUCGCAGCGAGACGGCAUCCUUCCUCCUGACCAUCAUCUCCAAGGCAGAGACCUGGUGCUAUGAGAAUUCUGGUGACCAUAAUCAUGAGCCAGUUGAAAAGGUCAAGCAGAUCAAGAAUGCACAGGAGGAUGAAAAUAAAAAAAAAAUCUUCCGUCAGUACUCGGACAAGUAUGAAGAAGUUGACGCAGAGCAGCUCCAGCAGCUUCUAAAUGAAAAUGUCCUUAAAGGAGACUUGAAAUCAGGAGGUUUCACCAUCGAUGCCUGUCGCAGCAUGGUUGCUCUGAUGGAUACAUCAAUCACAGGCAAACUGAACAGUGAGGAAUUCGUCCGUCUCUGGAACAAGGUCAUUGAAUACAAGGACAUUUUCUUCCUCAGUGAUGUUUCAAGAACAGGAAUGCUGUCACUGAGCGAGCUGAGGAAUGCAUUCAUAGCGUCAGGGAUGGUGGUCAGUGAUGACAUGCUCAAUCUGAUGGCUCUGCGUUAUGGUGCCUCCUCUGGUCACAUGACACUGGAGAGCUUCAUCAGUCUCAUCCUUCGCCUGGACUGCAUGAACAAAAUCUUCAAACAACUGUCUGACGGAAAAGGCAUGACCCUUCAACAGUCAGAGUGGAUGUACAUUUCAAUGUACACGUAAUCCAGCAGUGAGGAUGAAUGCAUCUGGAAAUACAGCUAAAAAUAUUUCAAAGGAGUGUUUUCUUUACAAUUUGUCAGAUUGUAAAAUGAAUAAAAAGUACUUGUCUGUGAUUAAGUCAUUACACUUUACUACUGCUGAGGCUCUGCAAAAAAUAAUGUGAAAAAUGGAGUCAGAUUUCUGUCAGUAUAAUGAGAUUUGUAAAAAAAAAAAAAAAAAAAGAAAAGAAAAA